AGCCCCUCCCUGUGCCCCCAGCCCCCCUGGGGGUGUCCCCGGCCGGGUCACUCGGUGGCCGUGGCGGCCUCGGGGGGCAAGGACUCGACGGUGCUGGCGCACCUGCUGGCGCGGCUGGAGCGCGCGCACGGGCUGGGGCUGCGCCUGGCGCUGCUGGGCGUGGACGAGGGCAUCGCGGGCUACCGGGACCAGGCGCUGGGCGUGCUGCGCGCCGUGGGGGCGGGGCUGCCCCUCCCCCUCCUGCUGGUCUCCCACCGCGAGCUCUUCGGCUGGGGGGUGGACGAGCUCGGGGGGCUGCUGGGGGGGCGCAGCCGCUGCACCGUCUGCGGGGUGUUCCGGAGGCACGCGCUGGAGAGGGCGGCGCGGGAGAUGGGAGCGGACUGGAUCGCUACUGGCCACAACGCCGACGACGUGGCCGAGACGGUGCUGAUGAAUUUCCUGCGCGGCGACGUGGCCCGGCUGCGGCGCGCGGCCAACGAGGCCUGGGGGGCCACCAACGCUGCCUGGGGGGCCACCGCGGCCACCAACGGGGCCACCACGGCCACCAACGACAGCAUGGCCACCAACGGGGUCACCACGGCCACCAACGGCACCGUGGCCACCAACGAGGGCUCGGUGGCCACCACAGACACCAACGGGGCCACCAAUGUCAGUGGGGCCACCCACGAGGCCACCGUGGCCACCAACGGGACCGUGGCCACCAAAGAGGGGUCAGGGGCCACCAGUGAGGGGUCAGGGGCCACCAACGAGGCCACCACAGUCAAAGAGGACGUUGUGGCCACCGACAUGGUCAGUGCGGCCAAUGACAGCGACGAGGUCACCGUGGCCACCAGGGAGGUCACUGUGGCCACCAGGGGCUCCAGGGCGGCUCCUCCAGCCUCGAUGGCCUCCAGUGGCCCAACGGAAGCCAAGGAUGGCCAAAGGAAGGUCUUGGGAGGCAGCCCAAGGGAUUGUCCCGAAGAGCCAGCGGAGCUUUUGGGGAAGUCAACGGAAACCGUGGAAAACUCAACUGGAGUUUUGGGAAGCUCAACGGAGCUCAACCAAAACCCGACAGAAUCAUUGGAAAACCCAACGGAACCGUUGGAAAACCCAACGGAACCCAACCAGAACUCAAUAAAAGCCUUGGGAAACCCAACUGAACCCAAUGAGGACCCAAUCAAACCCAACGAGAACUCAACGACAGUCAGCGAGAAUGCAACGGAAGUCAACGAGAGCAGAACGAGACUCAACGAUGACCCAAGAAAACCCAACGAGAACCCAACAAAAGCCAACGAGAACUCAAUGAAACCCAAUGACAACCCAACAAAAGUCAACGAGAACUCAACGAAACGCAACGAGAACCCAAUGAAGCCCAAUGAGAACUCAAUGAAACCCAAUGAGGUCUCAACAAAACUCAAUGAGAACUCAACGAAACCCAACAAGAACUCAAUGAAACCUUUGGAAAACUCAAUGAAACCCAACAAGAACUCAACGAAACUCGACAAGAACCCAACGAAGCCCAACAAAACCUCAACGAAACCCAACAAAACCUCAACGAAACCCAACAAGAACCCAACGCAACCCACCAAGCCCCCGAGAACCCCCGUCGCGGCCGCGCCAUGGCCGACGGUGCCGCGGCUGAAGCCGCUGCGGCACGCGGCGCAGAAGGAGAUCGUCCUCUACGCCCACUUCCGGGGGCUGCCCUACGCCAGCGCCGAGUGCCGCCACGCGCCGCUGGCGUUCCGCGGGCACCCGCGGGCGCUGCUGAAGGAGCUGGAGGCCGCGCGGCCCCUCAGGGUGGCCACCGAGGGGGGCGGGCCGUGGGACCGCGGCGGUCAAGGGGGCGGUGGUCACCAGGAUGGGGGUGGUGGACACUGGGAGGGUGGUGACCGAGGGGAGUGGUGA